GCCGAACAGCGUGAGCGGGUCAUAGCAGACGAUUUCCCGCUCUCAUUUACCCUUGAUACCUUCGUCCUUGUCGAGCGCUGCCUUAUUCAAUCUCGAUCCCCUUUCUGAGUACUCCCUAUCGUCACUCGAAAUAUAUUUCUUAGUCGUCCGCUCCUGAGAGACUUCGAAUCUCUUGUCGCCCGAACCCCUCUCGAAUUAUAUACCUCGGUAGACAUCGUAGGCGAAAUACGGCCGCGACAUAUAGUUACAGUCAUGAAAGCUCUCCAGUAAAGUUCCUGCUGGCUCGACGUAAAGAGUUUCUAAUUAUAUGACCGUGGUGCUCUGCAAUUAUCAGCUGACUGCAUGCUAUUGUCGCGAUGGAGAGCAUCAAUAUCUCCGUCAUAGGAGCCAAUGGAGUGGGUAAAUCCCACUUCAUACAAAAGGCCAUGUCACUACCGCGCAUGCCCGGCCCUAAUCCUACGACAGCUCGUAUUAAUAUCGAUAACGUACCUUACGCUGUUACACUGUUCGAAUUGGAUCUCGAAUACUUCGACGUGGACCCCGAUCGGCAGAUCAAGUGGCCAAAGCAAAUAGGCGGCGCUAUCGUUCCUCGUGUGAACGGCGUCUUGCUCUUAUAUGAUGUGAUGAACAGGGAGAGCAUCAUAGAGCUACCUCAGACCUUGAAUGCUCUUGUGAACUCUUCAUUACCAGCGGUUCUUGUUGCGACGAAGUGCGACAAUCCCGAGAAAUUACGACAUAUCGAUACGGAGGCGGUUGCCGCCGCAUGCCAAUCAUGCCUCGCAACUUUUAAAACGUCCGUUAAUAAGCCGGAGAGUGCGAGGAUAGCUUUGUCUACGUUGCUUAAGGCACUAGUAUCAAGAAAUCAAGACAUAGACAGUGCGGAAGGGAUAAGCAGUGCGAGACGUAGGGCAGCUUCGGCUGCUCAUCUUGAUUCUCAAAUAGAACCCACCAACGCUCGACCGAUAAGUCAACAUAGCAAGCAUAGUCGUGCUAGCUCGGAUAUGUCGCUACUUCGAGGCAUAUCGAACCAGCCGGGAACGGACUACCGCCACUCCUCGAGACCACCUCGUCUCGAUCUUUCGGGGAACCAUGGGACGGGUCAAUUUUCAGAAGCUGUGGAAGAAGAUUCUGGUCAAACUGUUUCUAGUAUGCUCCGUACCCCUGGUAUUAGGCUGGAUCCCAACCAGACCACCGCUUCAUUUCUUGAUAUUGACGACUCAGAUGCCGAUUCUAUGCGAUAUGAUGAUAUACCCCUCUUGCAACGGACCGACGAGUCGCUAUUCGAACGACCGGCGAAGAAAAUCGGCGUCACCUUCGAAGAGUUAAUCGAGCGUCUCAUUGCCCCUAAGAUGUCUAGAGCAGACAACAAUUUCUUGGAGAUCUUCUUGUGUUUGUACCGCAAGUUUGCGUCUCCAGGGCAGCUCUUAUCAUCCCUCCUGUCACGGCUGGACCGCAUUAGGGACGACAAAUCCGUUCAUUACCUUACCAAGAUAGGCGCCCAGUUUCGAAUUAUCGAGGUGAUCGCCAAGUGGGUCGCGACCUACCCCGGAGAUUUUGCAGGGCCGACAACAAGAAGGAACAUAGAGGACUUCAUAAGACAAAUAGCUACGGAGCCGGCAUUCUUCGCGGCUUCACAGCAGAUGCGUAGAACGAUGGAGUACAGUGUAAUCGAGGCUGAUGAUACGGGCUGGGAGAAAGCCGAUAGCCUUGAGGAUACGCCAGUAGACGACCACGAGCUGAGUAUAAGAGACACUGCUAGGCGGUAUGUAGAAAUGUCGGAAAGUCUAAGCUCUCUAGGUGUGGAUGACCAGAUCGAACGACGACCCUCAGCCAGUUCGUCCUUUCAAACAGACGCCGGACAGCCAUCUGGGCCCGUUGGGAAGAUACAUUCAUUCCAGUUUCACUCAUACGAGGACUACGAACGGGAGGCAGCGACAAUGGUGCCCACGUAUACAUUACCACUGACCAAGUUUCGGUACCAUAUAUUCAUGGACACACAGAAUGAUGAUAUCGCCGACGAGAUGACGAGGAUUGAUUGGGUUAUGUUCUCUUCGAUCCGGAUACGAGACUUAAUCCGGCACGUCAGCCUAUCAGCAGAGCAGAAGGAGAAGUGCAGGGCUAUGAAGAACGUCAAUCGCAUGAUUGCCCAUUUCAACCAUAUCGCGACUUGGGUAUCCAAUAUGAUCCUCAUGAGAGAAAAAGCCAAACAUCGUGCACAGAUGUUGGAGAAGUUUAUGAAUAUCGCGUUGAAAUUAAGGCAGCUAAACAACUACAACGGUCUUGCGGCCGUGUUAGCUGGUAUUAACGGGACGGCUAUCCAUCGUCUAUCUCAGACACGAGCACUUGUGCCAACCGAAGUGCAAAAAAGGUUUGCGCGGUUAGUGCUCUUAAUGGGAACACAGAAGAGCCACUUUGCCUAUCGACUGGCCUGGGAAAAUUCACCAUUACCGCGCAUCCCCUUCAUCCCGUUACAUCGUAGGGAUCUUGUAUCGGCCGAAGAGGGUAGCAUGACAUUGGUGGGGCCCCAAGGCGAUCGAAUAAACUGGAAGAAAUUUGAGGUUUUAGGUGAAAUCCUCUUGCCAAUCAUGAAGAGUCAGGGUACUCCAUACCCGAACCUAUCUAAGCACGACACGGCAAGGGAGCUUAUCUUGGACUGCUUGAUGCCUACAGACGAAGAGGACAUCUACCAACGAAGCAUUCAGGUAGAGUCCCCUAGUGGUGGCUCUAUCGAUCCCGGGAAGAAGAAAUUCCCAUGGUUUGCGAAUUCAAAGUGAUAGCGGACGUCCGUAUUUAGUCUUCAACAGGAUGAAUCAUUUCUACAGUAAUCCCCAAUCCUCCCCAGGGAAGCGGAGUUGGCGUUAGAAAGAAGAUAUGAACGUAUAUUAUUCCCCUUGUCGUUGGACAUGAUUUUCUUGUAGGUGGAUUCGAGCGAAUU